GGCGGAGCCAAGUCCUCCAGGAUAGCGGGCUGGUCCAGGGCCGGGCUGGUGGCUGGGUCCCGGUGACCCAUCGCCAUGAAGCUAACGCGCCAGAUGGUUCUGUCCCGGGCCAAGGCCUCGGAGCUGCAUAGCGUGAAAAAGCUCAACUGCUGGGGCAGCCGCCUCACAGAUAUCUCCAUUUGCCGGGAGAUGCCCAGCCUGGAAGUGAUCACGCUCAGCGUCAACAGCGUGUCGACCCUGGAGCCCGUGAGCCGGUGCCAGCAGCUGAGCGAGCUUUACCUGCGGAGGAACCACAUUGCCAGCCUGAGCGAGCUCUCCCACCUGAAGGGUCUGCCGCGCCUGCGGGUGCUGUGGCUGGCCGAGAACCCGUGCUGCGGCGCCGACCCCCACCUCUACCGCAUGACCGUCCUGCGCAACCUGCCCAACCUACAGAAGCUGGACAACCAGACUGUGACUGAGGAGGAGCUGUCCCGGGCAUUGAUGGAGGGAGAGGAGGUCACGGCCCCCAGCAGAGAGGGCACGGGGAACGGCAGGCCCGAGCUGUCCUACGCCCUGAGUGCCAUGAACGCCGCUGCUGAGACCCAAGGGGACGCGCUGAGCUACGGCGAGGAGGAGGCGAGCAUACAGGGACAGCUCGGCCUGAAGCCCCCUGCCCGGGACCGGUUUCCUUCCUUCCCACAGAGGGAGGCUGUGAGCAGCCGCAAGAACAGGAGUAACGUCCUGACUGCCAUCCUCCUGCUGCUUCGGGACUUGGACACGGAGGGACUGGAGGCCGUGCACCAGACCGUGGUCAGCAGGCUGCAGGCUCUGCACAGACAGGAGCUACAGGAGGACAUGGAGUGACCCAGCGGGGACCCCGCACUGCGGGACCUUCUGCUGAAGUCCCAGCAUCUUCCCGAGCACCCGGGAGGUGAGGCUGAUUGCCACAGCCGCGGGCGCUGCUGGAUCCUAGGCCGAGUCCCAGCACCUGGGGCUCGGUUCUCAGGAGCCUCAGCCCGCCCUGGAAGGCCGCGCUCUCACUUCGGUGGCACCCGGAGAGGGCAGGAGGGGCGUCAGGCGCUGGCUGGGCAGACCCCGCUCCCUCGCCCUCCUGUGCGGGACGCCCUUCUCCCUAAUAAACAUCUUCCGAAGCCCGGCCUGGAAGCAGGUUUCCUGAUAGGCACGGCCUUGGCAUUCUUUGUGAAGGUGAGAGUGGCUCGCACAUUUCCCGCAGGCCGUCUCUGACUCGGUCGUGGGGUGCAUUUCUGGGCUCAGGAGCCUUCCAGAAUUAUGGCCUCCCUGCAGACAGACGCCCUCCUCAGAGUCACAGCAGCAGAGGGUUCGUGCGGACCCUGUGACAGGCCUUGGAGGGACAGGCCUGCGCGUCUGCUUGGGGAUCCAGAUGCGGCCACAGCUGGAGCCGCUGGGCGGGUCGGACGGCCUCUGGGAACUGCAUCUAACACGUGUUCUUCCUCUGGGAACUGGCAGGCCUUUCCCUGAUACACAGUAUGGGGUGAGGGGGGGGGGGGGAUGCUGCAGCCCUGGGGGCCUUCCUGGUGCCUCCAAAAGCUGAGAAGGCCUCUCCAUGGAAGGGGAGCAGUAUGACGCCCUCCCGCCCCCCGCCCCAGCCAUUAGAGACAAGCCCAUUCUUGCUGCUGUUGAAACGACUGGGCUGGAGAGGGAGACAGGCCCUUCCGCUGCCCCUUCCCCACUUUGGGGGACUGUCUGCAUCCCUGAGAGCUGAGCCGCCAGCUUGUGUGAGAGCCACACAAACCAGAGGCAAGAACCACGUGACAGCCAGCGAGGGCGGGACGGCGUCUGGAAGACCGCGGCUUUCCUUGCUGAGGCUGCGCCGUGGGCCAGCCCUUUUCAAGCCGCUGAAGACCUCCAAACUCGGACUGGCGAGGACCAAGCAGAGGCAGUGCCUCCUCUGUGGCUCUUUUGUCGUUUGUCGGGACCAGGGGUGAGCUCUGAGCAGUGGGAGGCAUGGGGUCACCGCGUGGGGUCAUCUGGGAGGGUGGCUGCGGGCCCGUGCGUGUGCCUUCUCGUCGUUAUGGGAUGUUGCUCUCAAUAAAUCUGUGCCUU